AAGUAUGCAUUUAGCCACAUGGGGGCAGGCUUAAAGCAUACUGUAUAGCUUGCAGGUCUGAUCAGAGUAGAGCAGAAGGGUAUAAAAACAAGCUAUCUUAUCAGAAGAAGCCAGCUGCUAAUAUACACAGGUUCUUUGCCUUCACUCUUGCCUAUGGAAACACAUGGAUUCAAAUCAAAUCUGUAGACGGGGAGACACCAAAUGAAAAUACAGAGGAUGCUCUGGAGUGUAGGAGGCACAGAGACGCAGCACUGUGCCUUUUGUCAUCACCAAGCGUAUUCCUUAUUCCCCAGAGUGGAUAUUAUGUGAUCAAGGACAAGUUGUGAUGAUGAAAAGGGAGAAAAAUAAUUAAAUUUGAAAUGAUUCAAUUUCAUUAGAUGUGUUUGUAAUUCAUUUUCAAGCCCUAAAUCCCACUGUAUAAAUCAAUAGCUCUCAUGUUCUCUGCAUGUUCAACAAAUCAAACGUUAAGCACGGUUUCACACUGGCACACACACACACACACGCUGUCUUAUCACAGAGCUCAGUCCUCCAGCAGCAGGCGCGUGUGAUAAGAAAGCAGCAGGCUCCUUAAAGCAGUCGAAAAAGAGGCUUCAGGAAACAUCUUCUCUGGACCACCUACAGCACGGUACCACAAUGUUGUCCCUCACACAACACGAGCCAUAAUGGAACCUCUGCUAUCUCUGGAGGAAGGUCCACCCUUUCCUGUUCAGCACACUGAACAAACAAAAGUUUCAGCAAACUAUGAGAGGGAUCACAUCUCUUUUUCCAAAUGUAAGUGAUGUUAAAGGAUGCCACUCAAAACAUGUUCCAAGAGGCCUUGUGAUGAGCUUUUUGUUAAGUGAAUGGAUGAUUGACAGCUCCCUCAUUUGUCACUCACUGAAGAUGCUUCAUUCAAAAACAGAAAAUAACAGCCAAACAGCCAUGGACAGCCUAAACAAAGGCUUAUCCCAAACCUUAACCAUAUCAAGUUAUGACUAACCCUCACCUUAACCUAACCACAAUUCAAAUCUUAGCUCUAAACCAGUUCCUCAAACAAAAACAAUGAGGCUCUGUCUUAUUAGGACCAGGUUUUGGUCCAAAAAGUUGUUGUUUUUCCCCUCUGCCAUGAGGACUACUGGUUCUUACAAGGUCGGUGUUUAUAAAAGCAAAGGUCCUGGAAAGGUAACACAUACAAGCACACGGACGCACGCACGCGCGCGCGCGCACGCACACACCGAAUCCUCAUAGUGUAACGUUCAUUGACGACUCAGCACAAUGCUGCUGAGACCGCGGAGGCGCACAGAGGCGAGCAGAGCGAUGAGAUGCUCCCAUCGAGGAGGACACAGAUGGACAGCCUAGUUCAGCCGCUCGUUGCCCAGUACCUCGCCAUGGGAUGUCAGUCGAAAGAAAACAACCAAAACGAAAGUGUCCCGUCGGACGAGAAAGGAAAGGACGACGCUAGAGUGACUCCAAGAUGCAGCUCCAGGUCUAGAGUUUCUCCUCCAGGCCGCCCUCACAGGUUCCACAAACCCAGCCCGACCCAGACCGUCCCGGCCAAACCCAUGACACCCUUGGGACACCUCACCAAGGGGGGAAGCUGGGAGGAGCUCAUCCAGGCCUGUCUGCAGUGCUUCGACCCCGACGGCUGUGUGUGCGGGAGCAGCCACCUGUUGAACAUCACCCUGACCAUGCACCGGCUCCUCACCUCAUCCAGCGAGCUGCUGGACAAGCUAAUGGCUCUAUUCAAAACAGCGCUGGACAAUGAGCAGCCAGCAGAGUGCCAGAGGAUAUGCUACCUCAUCAGGCAUUGGAUCCAAGAGUUCUGGAUGAUGUUCCGGCUGGACCGCAGUUUGUCGGACAGCCUGGACCAGUUCCGGGAGCUGAUCAGAGAGCAGGGACAGGAGCAUCUUUGCUCUCUCCUAGAGACCAAGUGGAUAAGCGAGCGGGACUGGUCGUGGAAGGCCAGCCAUAAGAUCAAACCCCACAGCAGCAAAAAGAGGAAGGUCUCGCUACUCUUCGACCACCUGGAGCCCAUUGAGUUGGCCGAGCAUCUCACCUUCUUGGAGUUUAAGUCUUUCUGCAGGAUAUCAUUUGUAGACUAUCUGAACUACAUCCGCAGCUGCUGCAUGAAGGACAUCCCUGUGAUGGAGCGUUCCAUUGCGUUGUGUAAUGGUGUCUCCCAGUGGGUUCAGUUGAUGGUGCUGAGUCGGCCAACUGCUCAGCUGAGGGCUGAGGUUUUCACCAAGUUUAUCCACGUGGCACAGAGUCUACAUGUCAUGCACAACUACAACACACUAAUGGCAGUGGUUGGAGGUCUUUGUCACAGCUCCAUCUCCAGACUAAAAGACACCACCUCGCAUGUUUCCAGUGAGGUCACUAAGGCACUUAAUGAGAUGACGGACCUGCUGUCCUCGUGCAGAAAUUUCGACAACUACAGGCAAGCUUACAGCAGGUGCACAGGAUUUAAAAUCCCCAUCGUGGGCGUCCACCUCAAAGACCUGAUUUCGGUCAACGAAGCCAUGUCAGACUACGUGGAGGACAACAAGGUCAACGUCCAGAAGCUCCAGGCGCUCUACAGCCACAUCAACGAGCUGAUCCAGCUGCAGCACAUCCCGCCUCGGCUGGACGCCAACAAGGACCUGGUCCAUCUGCUGACGCUCUCCCUGGACCUUUACUACACCGAGGACGAGAUCUAUGAACUGUCUUACGCCAGGGAGCCCAAGAACUGCAAAGCACCUCCAGCCACCCCCUCUAGACCUCCAGUGGUUGUGGACUGGGCAUCAGGAGUGGCCCCCAAACCUGAUCCCCGAACCAUCAGCAAACACGUGCAGCGAAUGGUGGAUUCCGUGUUCAAAAACUACGAUCACGACGAGAACGGCUUCAUCUCUCAAGAGGACUUUGAGAAAAUUGCCGUCAGCUUUCCUUUCUCCUUCUGUGUCAUGGACAAAGAGAAGGAAGGCCUCGUCAGCAGAGAGGAGAUCACGGCCUAUUUCAUGCGCGCGAGUGUCAUCUGCUCCAAACUGGGCCUCGGGUUUGUCCACAACUUCCAGGAGACCACGUACAUGAAACCCACGUUCUGUGACAACUGCUCAGGCUUUCUGUGGGGUGUCAUCAAACAAGGCUACAGGUGCAAAGACUGCGGGAUGAACUGCCACAAGCUGUGCAAGGACCAGGUGGCGUUUGAGUGCAAGAAGAACGCCAAAGCAGGCAGCGCCAUCGACAGUCCCACGCCGAGCUUCACGCCGAGCUCCACGCCGAGCUCCACGCCCGUCACCAUGAGCACCUCAGAUGGUUCAGAGGAAUGUCCCUUCCCUUAUCCACCAGAUGACAACAAAGACUGGAGCCCAGACUCCCCAGUCAUCCCCACCUCAAGGCCUCGGAAGGUUGACAGUGGCACUCAGACAGAGGGACCUCAAUUAUUCGCUGCGGCCCCCGAGGCCGGCCGCCUUCAGCCAUGCCUGAUAGUCCCCACGGCGCCCACCUUGACCUCGUGUCCCAGCCCGGUGCCCCAGAGAAAACAGCGGCACUGCGUCAAGUGGGAAAACAGAGCGUCUGUCGUGCAAAAGCCUAAAGAGCCAGAGGAAGACAACAAACCUUCCUAUGAAUCUCUGGAAUCAGAAAACCAGAGGCUGCAGAAAGUCAAUGAGACACUACGUAGGAAGCUGAAGGAGACAGAGCGGGAGGUGGAGAUACUAAAGACACUGCUGAAGAGACACGCUCUCCACCCCGUGGAGGAGGACGACUCCUCCUCUUAGACAUGUAUUGACAGAAUACUGCAGCUUCUCUAGGGAGACUGCUGCUGCCUCCCUCUGGCAGCACAUAGAAAUGAAUUCAGUAGUUAACUUAUUUGGUCACGAUGGACGGUGCAGGUCAAAUCAUCAGUAUAACUUUAUGUUAUAAAGUAGGAGACAAUAGAAAUAGCCAGUGGGGGGGUUUAAUGCAGUAAUGGUACACAGCCAUUCAGUUUAAAUAUUAUUAACUUUACAGUAUGAAUAUGCUACAAAGGCUGUAGUGUUUUACAGGAACUAAAUAACAAAUUAUCUUAAGAGUUCAAUGAAGGAGUGCAGUAUUUUAGAGUGACAAAAAUAGCAGAAAGUGAUCAAUCUUUGGUCAGUUAAUGGCCUGAGAUAUUUAUGUUAAACAUAAAGUGGAAAUCGGAGGCCACAGUAAAUGUAUGCAGCUUAGUAUUUUUUUAAAAAAAGGAAAAGACGUUUGUGGCACGAGUGACAGGUCUUCUUUGUUUUCUUCUUCUUCUCAUUAUUAUUAUUAUUAUUAUUGUUAUCAUCAUUAAUAGUACAGCAGCAGAUUAACAGUUCAUCACAGCGUGAAUGGCCUCACAUAUACGCGGUCGAUGUCAUAAACCUGUAGGCGCACAUGCUGUGAAUAUUUAUUGUCUGAAACACUAACCAUAAUGAUAUGUGACGAGUGGGAUAAAUUAACAUUUUUGUACAGUUUGCUGGUACCUUCAGUGAAUUACUGUAUUUAUGCUUGUGUGUUGGCAUCAUAUUGAUACUUUCUAUCGUGCAGCCGUCAGUUUAUUAUCAUUAUUAUUAUUAUUAUUAUUAUUAUUGAGUCGUCCACUGUAGCAGUGUUGUACUAUGAGCGGAAGUCAGUAUGGGUGUGUUUGUACUAUGUACUGUAAAUACAAAGUAUACAUGGUGUCGUCUUAUA